GUCCAACCUAUCUCCCGUCCGCGCGUUGGCGUCCAGUAGGACAUACACACAUUCUUUGGAAGGGAUCCUCCACACGAGACUGUAAAGUUUUCCCCAGAACACGCGCUUGCUGUCGGCGGUUGAAGGUUGGCAUACGCGGCUCCGAAGUUGACCACUCCACGGUGGCCUGCCAACAGAAACCCAUGGCCAUAAGGCGUUCGUCAGGAAACUCCGUAGUGAACGUGGAUGUCUUUCACAGUGACUCUUUGACGGCUAUCCCCACACCAUGGACUCCACCAGUCUCCGUGCCACAGCAGAACACCCGAUAACCCGCUGCUGCAAAAUUCGGUUCGACCUGCCCUCCGUGUCUCCUGCAUUCCUACCACCGAUACGUCUUGUCUCGAUGCCUCGUGUAGAACGCUGUAAGCUCGCCCGUAUCCAUUGGCCCCCUUAACAGCCAAAGUCCGCACAUUCCAGGUUGCUACCCUAUAAAGUUGACCCUGCUGUCUCUUUCGCGCGGCGCGCGCUGCUCUCUUAGGUAGCCUACGCGCCGCCCGACCCCUCCUUUUCCUUCAUCUUCCCCUCUAUUUUUGUGUUUUUUGCUAUUUUCUUGCGAACACUCGGGCUUACGUGAUAGUUACCCCGGUUCUUGCCUUGUUUCCCAUAGAGUUGUCUUCUUGUCCCGGAGCGGUGUGGCCCUCCAUCUCUGGACUCUCUACUUUCCUCGCUCUGGGGCAUACCCCCACGGCGUGCGGUCACUCCGCAACCCUCACCGUGCUCUCUGCUGCUGCAUAGCCCCGGUGUCCAAGCCGUGGCGUCAGGAUCCAGUCUCAUUGUGCAGCUACCAAUGCUGGCGGCUCACGAGCUACCCCGAUCUCACGACAGCAGUAACUCCCUACCGCCAAACUCAGCAUCCCCCUCGC